AUGGAGCCUGAGAACCCGAACGCCUACAAGCGGAGCUCGAUGCACCAAGCGCUCUACAGUCGCCCAGUGGAACGACGUUCAAGCAAGAAGUCUUCAUCAAGAGAUCGGCAUGGGAUGGUAUAUCCUGACAAUUUCCGAGAAACAUCCAUUCGAACCGUGACGCCAGAGUCCACCAACCAUUCCCCUUUGUCCGAGCCCGAGCACCUUACGGGCGGCACUGCAUCUUCACCUCACAGUAUCGCACGAUCACGAACCACCGAAUCAGAACGCAUUCGAAGUCUUCAUAAACACUCCGGGGGAGCCGAGGAAGAUACUCCAUUGGAAGGAAGGAGUCAACGGGCCCGAUCGCGAACAACAGCAGCCGAGGAGCAACGAAACGAGACCAAUACCUUUAAACCUCGAACGCGCAUCGGAUCUAUAAAUACAGCCAGUCCGUCCCAAUCAAAGGUCCCAGAGGAUCCUUCCUCCUCGAUUGGGUUUCCUUCCAUCCAGAAAUAUUCUAGUCAAACGGUCCCUCGCAAUCGACUGAGCAAGGCUGCCGCUGGCCUCGUUGGGGGAGGAAUCAACCAGGAUUCAUUCGCAUCGCCGUUAUCAAGCACAGAAGCCACAAAGAUCCUUCAAUUGAUGAAAACGACCUGUGGCAGAAUGCAUGGAAUCCUGUCCUUUCGGUCAGCCCCGACAACGUCCUGGACGUCCGGGUACUGCGCUAUCAACGUCGCGACUGGAAGUCUCAUCUACCAAGCCAAGGGGGAGCCAGCACUGGCCAAGACUUUGAUUCCGGACCUGCGCGGUUGCCGAGUUCGAACAAUGUUCGAUCCUGACCUCCAGACAACCUAUCUGAGCGUUCACACCUUUACUUCCGGGCUCGGAAUUCAAUUGCGGCCCCACGUUAACGAGACCUUUGACUCCUGGCUUGCGGCUCUUCUGUGUUGGCAGCCUAUUCGACCAAAAGGCGUUCAAAACAAGAUGACCAAGCCCCAGGAGGUUGUAAUGGGAGAUCGACGAAUCCCAGAGCGACGGCGAAACUCCGAGAGCUCGGCACAAAAGGACGCAACGAUCAUUAAAGUUGGCAAAAUGCUUCUAUGGGAUAAGCCGUCCGCUUCUGGCGCAAUGCCAGUGUCUGGACGUCGCGUUUCAACUUAUAGACAGUCUAGGGCUCUUUCUUCGUCAUGGCAAAAGGUGAGCUGCACGCUACAAGAAAACGGACACUUCAAGCUUUACACAGAGUCCGAUGUAUCGCUUCUCGCAACCGUGCACUUGUCUCAACUAUCGCGUUGCGCGAUACAACAGCUGGACUCUUCAGUGCUGGAUGACGAGUUUUGCGUUGCCAUAUAUCCCCAAUACGCGGCACACCCGGUAGCCGAGUCAAACUUGCGCCCUAUAUAUCUUGCCCUUGAGAGCCGCGUUCUUUUCGAGGUGUGGUUCGUGCUACUGCGGGCUUUUACCAUCCCAGAGCUCUAUGGUCCUGCAUCUCAAUUUCGCGAAGACCCCAAUAAAACACCCGAAGUUGAAGUACCAGGAACACCUUCGACCAAAGACAUGUUCCGAAUUGAGCGGUUUUUGAAUCUGAAAAUCGUGGAGGCAAAACUGUUCCGUGCCAAAGAAGAAGGCACGCCCCGAAGCCGCAAAGCAUCAAGAUCGCACGGGCAACCGAGCCCAUCCCCGAAGCUGAGCGACUACUACACCGAGGUGCUUCUUGACGGAGAGAUCCGCGGCAAGACUGCCGUGAAAUAUCGCACCGUGAACCCCUUCUGGCGAGAGGAUUUCGUCUUCAAUGACUUGCCACCGGUUCUCUCUCAGGCAUCUAUUCUCGUCAAAACCCUCAAUCCCACACAAAAAGACUGGACCCUCAUUUCCCACGGAUCAUACACCUCAAAUCAGGAUAUGAACGCAGCGAACAUGUUGAAUGAGAUUGAGAUCUCGACAAAUGAUGCUGUUUCCGGGCGGGUAGAUUUGCGCCUCGAAGAAUUGGACACUGGAGUGGACAUUGAAAAAUGGUGGCCUAUCCUAGAUGACCAAGACCAGCCCAUUGGCGAGAUGUUCAUGCGUGCCAGGAUGGAGGAAACUGUGGUCUUGAUGUCCGACGAAUACUCAGCAAUGUCGGAAUUACUCCAUAACUUCACCAAUGGGUUGACCAUCAACAUGGCGCAAUUGAUGUCAUCGGAACUCAAUCACCUCGCUGAGAUGCUGCUCAACAUCUAUCAAGUGUCGGGGUCAACGGUGGAGUGGAUAUCGGCGUUGGUUGAAGACGAAAUCGACGGGGUUCACAAAGAGUCGACUACCAACCGAUUGAGAUACACUACGCGCAUUCAUUCCAACAACACACAGGAAACCAGCCAAGAACGGGAGGUCCUUGUCAGAGACAUGGGAAGAACGGCUACCGUUGAAGCCAACCUUCUGUUCCGUGGAAAUUCGCUCCUAACCAAGGCUCUCGAUCUUCACAUGCGUCGCCUGGGCAAGCAAUAUCUCGAAGACACCAUUGCUGAAAAAUUAAAAGACAUUGAUGACAGCGACCCGGAGUGCGAAGUCGACCCAUCUCGCGUGCCACGUCACGAGGAUCUUGAACGCAACUGGCGGAACCUUACAGCCCUUACCAUCAGCGUUUGGAAAUCAAUCGCGGGAUCUGCAUCACGCUGCCCCCCGGAAUUGCGUCGCAUUUUCCGGCAUGUAAGAGCGUGUGCAGAUGACCGUUAUGGCGACUUCCUCCGAUCUGUGACAUACAGUAGUGUUUCUGGCUUUUUGUUCCUGCGCUUUUUCUGCCCGGCCAUCCUGAAUCCCAAGCUUUUCGGUUUAUUGAAAGAUCACCCCCGUCCUCGGGCACAACGCACCUUGACCCUGAUUGCCAAGGCUUUGCAGGGCUUGGCUAACAUGACAACAUUUGGCAACAAGGAACCGUGGAUGGAGCCGAUGAACAAAUUUUUAGUCGGCCAUCGCUCGGAAUUCAAGGACUUUGUCGACUCAGUUUGUGCGAUCCCGGCCGAUCGACCAGCUCCUAUUGUCACGCCCUCAUACACCACCCCUAUCCAGAUCCUCGGACGAUUGCCGCCUACUUCGCGCGAGGGAUUCCCCAGUCUUCCGUUCAUCAUCGACCAUGCUCGUUCUUUCGCCAAUCUGAUUCGUGUGUGGCUAGACGUAAGCCCAGACCGAUUCAACGACUUGGCGGGUGUGGACAUCAACCUUGCCAAAUUUCACAAAGAAGCCCUGCAUCUCCGAGCACGUACGGAGGAGUGUUUAACUCGCGCUGAGCAAGCCGAGCGGCCAAGCGGAACCCUGGAGAUCAAGUGGGAAGAAUUGGUAGACCAGAUGGAGCGAGCGGUGACCUUUCACGACGAAGCACCGAGCAAGCCAAGCACACCAGCAGCGACAGACCCAUCAAUAGCUGGUUCUGCCCCAACUCCAAACAGUCACCGCAAUUCGAUUGGGUUCUUUGCCCCUCGGCCUGCAAUCCCUCGGCGCUCCACCGACAACGCCGACGCUGAGGACGAUACACCACCAAGCUCAUCAUCGGCUACCUGGGACCAAAGCCGUAUUCCUUUCGCCAUCCCUCGCUGGUCUGACCCGCGUGAUAGCACUGGAAGCUCUAAGAACUCGUCAACCUACUCGCUGGAGUACACAGAGUCUUCCAAAACACGCAGAGCCAGUGUGAGCAAGGAAUCAUCCAGCAAGUAUCGUUUCUUCGACUUCGUGCCUGCUCCGUCUCGACGCAAAGCUAAGGACCGUGAACAAUCUCACAACCACUCGCACGAGGAUCUACGCAACGAAUCUUGA